AUGAAAGCCAUUCUAGCAGUAUCCGCUCUGGCCUGUGCCAUGGCCUUUCCCCAGCCACACCCACCACCAAUGCCCCUUCCCGGCCCAAAUGGUGGACCAGCUGGUGGCCCAUUUUGGAUUAUCUACAAAGAUCUGAACGAAACUCAACAAAAAGAUCUGAAUGAGAUUCUGGAGAAGAACAAGGAUUCUUCGAAGAAAGUUUUCAAGGAAGAAUUGAACAAAUUCAAGGCUACACUAAGCGACGAUCUUCAGAAUACAUUGAAGGUUGAGAAAGAAAAGUUUGAAGGUUUUAAGAAGGAGAUUGACUCCAAGGCUGAUAAGAUGAGCACUGAUGCCAAGGCUUUGUUUGAUCAGCUCAAGAAGAUUGUUGAAGAUGAUUCGUUGAGCUUCAAGUGAGUUAAUGUUAAUGUAAAGGGAAGGAAAGGGAGUUGAUAUUAAGGCGUAGUAGAGCAAAGUUGGACUUGUUGUUAGCAGAGCAAGGGUGGGGUAAUAACUAGGACAAGGGGGAGGUAAAAGGCAAAAAAAAUUUUUUACCUGUCAUUAAUAGAUCUAAAGGGGCUCACUCAACCGGGCUGGGCCAAAACUAAUCUGAAAAAAGGUUGGGCUGAAACAUUAGGACAGGCUUGACCUUUUUACACCAAAUAAUUUUAAACCCACUCUGAUCUACAACAAUAUACUUCAAACCUUCAAUAAUGCCAUUCUUUUCCAGAGAAGAAUACGAAAAAGCCAAGGAACUAGUAAAGAAAGCUGACAAAUCAGUUCUUGACGAGUUCCGCAAGAACCGUGUGCCUCUUCCCGGUACCCCACCACCACCACAUUUACCACGAGGUGGACCAUUGGGACACGUCUAUGACAAGUUGACCAAAGAACAACAAACUCAAGUUGAUCAACUCAUGAAGGAAGGUCGUACUCAACCUAAAAAGGAAGCUAGAGCCAACAUGGACAAGUUUAUUGACAGUUUGAGUGAAGACUUGAAGAAGAUUGUCAAGGAGGGUAAGGAGAGGCGCCAAGGCUUCAAGAAGAACAUUGAUGAGAAGGUGGCCAAGUUGAGUGAGGAGGCUCGGAAGGUGCACAAGGAAAUGAGGGUGAGUAUUUCAAAACUUAUUUUAGGUAUGGAAAAGUCGCUUUGAAUUAAGAUAUUAUGACAAUAUUGGGGUAAAAAAAGUCUUGUCGUUUUUUACUGUGAAAUUCAAUGCAAAUUGACGACAAGACUUUUUUAUCGCUGAUUUUAAUGUCUUUUUGUCAUUUUUUUGGCUUUUUCUUGUUUAAUUUGAAAAAAUGGAAUUAAAAAUUUUUUUUUUAAAUUUUAAAAACAAUUUUUAUAGGAAAUCAUGGAGAAUGACACGAUCACUUUCGAAGAAGAUCACGAAAAGAUGAAGGCUUUGGUCGAUCGUACCGAUAAGAAGAUCCUGGACGAAUUCAGAGAAGCCAGAAUCCCAAUUCCAGGCAUGUUCCCACCCCCUGGAAUGCUGCCCCCACCAGGAAAGUUGGGUCUGCCAGAAGUUAUGCCGUCCCCAGCUCCACAAAACUGA